CUCCAUAUUCCAAAUCCGUAUCACAAUUCACAAUUCACAGAGCGGAGGAGGCCAAGAAAUCGAGCUAAUUUAUGCAAACAAGAAGUUGAAAGGAGAAUUUUGGUAGCCCUCCAUAGUCGCUCACUUCCACUGGUUAAGCAUGGCCGGCACAGGAAUCCACCCGUACCACCAGCAAUGGCCUGCUGCGGCAGCCGCCCCUCCUCCGCCUCCGCCACAAGCCGCCGCCGCCGCUCCUCCUAUUCCGCGCCCACACCCUCCUCAGAUCCUCGUCGACAACCCCGGCCGCCAUGGUUCCGACGAGGUUCGAACUAUAUUUAUAACAGGUCUUCCUGAAGAUGUAAGAGAGAGAGAACUACAGAAUCUUCUCAGAUGGUUACCUGGUUACGAGGCUUCGCAAGUGAAUUUUAAAGGUGAAAAGCCUAUGGGAUUUGCUCUCUUCUCCAAUGCCCAGUUUGCUAUUGCUGCUAAAGAUGCCCUUCAGGAUAUGGUUUUUGAUGCCGAGUCUAAGUCAGUGUUGCACACGGAGAUGGCCAAGAAAAAUCUUUUCGUUAAACGAGGCAUUGUUGCUGAUGCAAGUGCUUAUGACCAAAGUAAACGUUUGAGAACUGGUGGUGACUAUGCCCACACUGGAUAUUCAAGCCCAUCACCUUUUCAUGCACCUCCACCCCCUAUGUGGGGGCCUCAUGGGUAUAUGGCUCCACCUCCUCCUCCAUACGAUCCAUAUGGAGGUUACCCUGUUCCUCCUGUACCUAUGCCUACUCCUGCACCUGUACCAGCACCUAGCAGCUAUGUGCCUGUUCAGAACACGAAGGAUAAUCCUCCUUGCAAUACCUUAUUCAUUGGCAAUCUGGGGGAAAAUGUAAAUGAAGAGGAGCUGGGAGGUCUUUUCAGCGUACAACCUGGAUUUAAGCAAAUGAAGAUUCUAAGGCAGGAAAGGCAUACGGUCUGCUUCAUUGAGUUUGAAGAUGUGAACACUGCCACCAAUGUGCAUCAUAGUUUGCAGGGUGCUGUUAUACCUAGUUCUGGCUCUGUGGGCAUGAGAAUACAAUUUUCAAAGAACCCAUUUGGGAAAAGGAAAGAUGCUACCUACCCUGUCUCCGCACCCAGUGUCAAUGGAACUCCACAAGCUAUGGCAUACCAGUAGCACGAAGGGGAUGUACUCUGUUCUUUUUGCUCCGACAAAUACAAGCACUAGAUGAUAGGAUGCAUCUUGCAGCAGUUGCAUGCAUCCAUGAUCCAUUUCAUAUCAAGUCAUCAGCAUUUUCAUCUCCAUGGGAAUGAAUACUCAUAUUGCUGUCACAAACAUUCCAUUUGGAAGCAUGCUACUCUAGCUAGCCCCUAAUGGGACAUGCAUUUAUCAGAACUCAGAAGAUUUAAGUACCUGGAUUACUUAAUAGGGGCUCAGAUAUUGCUAUCAUUUGUAGGGUGUGUGCCUGUGCAUUAGUCCAAUAUUUUUUUUGUUUGUGUAUGAGUAUGUAGCUAUUGAUCUAAAUGGAUUUUCUUGUUUAUUAAGAGCAUCCACAUGUAAGGUUUAGUCAUUUCAUCUGACCUUUUGCCUAAUUUGAAGUCAGUAGGAGUUCCAUAUCAUGGUGCAACUCUAGUAGGGAUGUAGGGCACGUAGGCCAUCAGACAACUCAUCACACCAUUGUUUCCUUGAUUUUCACCAUUAACAUUGCCAUAAUCAUCACGACCACAUCAUUUUCUGAAUCACUUUCUUGGUCAAGCAAUUAAUUCAUGGUGAUAUUCACAUUCAAGCUCCUACUAGACCUUCGUUUCUUAAGCAUCAAUUAUGCAGUGUCAUUUACAUACAGGGUUCAGAAAUGAAUUGACCAGGCUGCUACCAUUUGAGGUCCAGUUUCAGGUGCUUAUCUGAAGUUUUGUUUCAAUAGGCAAGACGACUGUCCAAGACUCCUUGUGGAGCUGAAGUUAACAUCAGUUGAGGGUGAAGUGUAUAUAUAAUUUUUAUUUUCUAUAAUUUCUUGAAUCGAAGAAAAGAAGACAGAUUCAAUCUAUGCUUGCCAUUGUCAAGUUUGCUGGAUGUACCGGACUUGGCUACAAAACUGGAGGAAAUUGAUGCCACUGCUCUCUUGUUGGCUGGGUAGGCAUAUUGGUUGGAUGGGAAGAAAAGAAUGGUUUAAUCAAGAUCUGGGUUAACUUAUUCUUGUUUAGGAUCGACAUUCUAAUUGUUUUCAUGCCAUUGUCCUUCAAACUUUUAUCUGGUUGACUGAAGUGUGAGACUGAUAUUGCUCUCUGAUAUGAGUUCAGAGGAAAA